AUGCCGCGGUUUCAGCGCAGCUACUGGAUCAAAUACAGGAUACCCGAGCCCUGGUACUAUCUUCCGCCCCCCGGCGAAACAGGGACUUGCAGGAUUAUUUGCAUCCUUUGGGACUAUCAUUGCUUUGCCAGCCAAAACUACACUUCCAACGAUACACUCCCUUUACACAGCGGCAUCGACAUCCUCGUCGGGAGGAUUGAGGAGGCCAUCAGGAAAGUCCCUCCAGGGAUCACGGUCGAACUAUCUGUUGCCUGCGCUAUGGACAUUGAGGUGGAAUACUCGGCAAUCGACUUCCUUGUCGAGAACCUGCUAUUCAUACCUGGCUGGGACCACCUCAAAAUGGAAUUUCCUCCCACGCGCCCUAUACGUGCCCUCGGUGACAACGAGCGAGAGGCAGAAGGCGACUUCCUCGCCCGCGUCGGGGGCAGGAGCCGGCUCAUCGCGGCGCUCGCGGGCAAGCGCAUCUCGUUCCGCGGCUCACGCGCCGAGGUCCCCGCGCCCUGGUACUCCCUCCGCGCCCUGACCCGCUACGGCGUCGCCAACGUCGAUCUGGGCUGCAAGAUCACGUCCAAGGAUUGGUAUGACCUGUGUUACAGCAGUGCCCUGGACGACAUUUCGCGCUACCCGCUCGAGCUCACCGUGGAUGCGAUCGACCGCGGGGGAGACGCGCAGCGACAAGUCCGUCAGCCUCACCAGGGAGAUGAAUGGCCGACGCACGCGAGGCCUAGCCUUGAUAACUUACUGCACCCGGAUAAUGGCGCCUGUCGCGUUCGGAAGGCAACAGUACGAGCUGACGGCUUAACAUGGACCUAUCCAUGAGUAGGCAAGACGGACAACAACUAUGGUGACUGGCCUACCACCACUGGCUUAUGUGACACGAUACCUAUACAUAGUUGCCUUUUACCAC